CCGAGCGCCGCCGGCGGCCAGACACGGCCGGCGCCGCCGGUGGGCGGAGCCUGGCCGGCGGGCGCCGCGCACCAAAACCGACCGCCGCCGCCGCCCCGCGCCAGUCGAGAGCCAUAGCGCAACGUGGAAGGACAGCUCACAGAGUUGGGAAAACCAGUGAUCACGGUGCCGCCAGUCGAUCUCACCUCGAUGAAGACGGAGAUGAAGCCCGGCCGCCAGCCGCCCGCAGUGUUCCAGCAGAGUCGCCGACUGCGCCGGCCCCGCUCCGGAGACACGGAGCGCGUGCGUGCCCUGCUGAACCGUCUCCAACAUAUCGUACCGGCCGCGCCCAAGGACCGCCAGCUGCCGCAGGUCCAGGUCAUCCAACAUGUCAUCAACUACAUCUGCCAGCUGCAGCAUCAGGUGGUGCGCCACCCGCGCCUCGGCAAAAUGGUGGCCGUGGGGAAGGAGGGGGAGAAACUGCCCGUGAGACUGACGGAGGAGGGGAGGAGGAAGGAGGGAGGGGAGAGGGAGGAAGCCAUGGAGGCGGAGACCGAGGCGAGGAGAGAGCCGGCCGGCGAGACGGAGGAAACCCUCCAGGUGUCCUCUGAGCCCAGCUCAACGUCUCCGGAUGACAGCGACGAGCCGUCUCCGGAGUAGAACUUCCAGACUACCAGACACACCACCAGUACAAAACGUCAGCUGUCGACCCGACAGUGACCCGACCUGGGUCACCGGGCCGACCUGACCUCGGGCCAAGGCGUGGGACCAACACCGACCUGGAUUCCGUCCAUAUGGGGGCGAGACCAGAGCCCAUAACAGGGCAGACCAGAGCCCACAACAGGGCGAGACCAGAGCACGCUUCCGAGGGGGCAGAGACAGGCGCCAGUUAUGCAGAUCUGGCCACACCUGUGACGGUUUCUUCCACUCAGCUCGAAGCCAGUGCCCGGUGUGGGAGGGGAGGUUGGAACAUUCUAUCCGAUUGGUGAAGCUCUCUCACUGUGGUUGGGAAAGUGCGCGACAUUUAGCAUUAUCCAUCUUAGCCAAGGUCGAGCAUGCGGCGCGCGGUGUACAACUAAUGUAUAUUGUAUGUUUGUUUGUUUGUUGGUAUCGUUUGAGUUUCCUGUGAUCUGAUUUUGUCUGUGAUAUGUCAGAGAUGUGUAUCGAAUAAAGCGUGAGCGGUCGCGGUCACA